GCGGCCGGGCGGGGCCAGCGCGCGGCGGGGGCGAAGCGCGGCGGGAGCGGCCGGGACGAUGCUGGAGGCGGCGGCGGCGGCGGAGCCCGAGCUGGACCCCGAGGACCUGGUGCAUUUCUCGGUGGGAGACCUGCCCAGCCGCGGCUACGGCGUCAUGGGCGAGAUCCGGCGGCAGGGGAAGCUCUGCGAUGUGACGCUCAAGGUGGGGGACCACAAGUUCAGCGCCCACCGGAUCGUGCUGGCGGCGUCCAUCCCGUACUUCCACGCCAUGUUCACCAACGACAUGAUGGAGUGCAAGCAGGAGGAGAUCGUCAUGCAGGGCAUGGACCCCAGUGCUCUGGAAGCUCUGAUCAACUUCGCCUACAACGGGCACCUGGCCAUCGACCAGCAGAACGUGCAGUCCCUGCUCAUGGGGGCCAGUUUCCUGCAGCUCCAGAACAUCAAGGAUGCCUGUUGUACAUUCCUUAGGGAAAGGCUCCAUCCCAAGAACUGCCUGGGGGUGCGGCAGUUCGCGGAGACCAUGAUGUGCGCGGUGCUCUACGACGCUGCCAACAGCUUCAUCCACCAGCACUUCGUGGAGGUCUCCAUGUCCGAGGAGUUCCUGGCCCUGCCCUUCGAGGACGUCCUGGAGCUCGUUUCCAGGGAUGAGCUCAACGUGAAGUCUGAAGAGCAGGUGUUUGAAGCUGCCUUAGCCUGGAUCCGGUACGACCGAGACCAGAGGGAGUCCUUCCUGCCCGAGCUCCUCUCCAAGAUCCGCCUCCCGCUGUGCCGGCCGCAAUUCCUCACGGACCGCGUCCAGCAGGACGACCUGGUGCGCUGCUGCCACAAAUGCAGGGAUCUGGUGGACGAAGCCAAGGAUUACCACCUCAUGCCGGAGCGCCGGCCGCACCUCCCGGCGUUCAAGACGCGCCCCCGGUGCUGCACGUCCAUAGCAGGGCUGAUCUACGCCGUGGGAGGGCUGAACUCGGCAGCAAAUUUUUACGCAGGCGACUCCCUGAACGUGGUGGAGGUGUUUGAUCCCAUUGCCAACCGGUGGGAGAAGUGCCAGCCCAUGACGACGGCGCGGAGCCGCGUCGGGGUCGCCGUGGUCAACGGGCUCCUCUACGCCAUCGGCGGCUACGACGGCCAGCUCAGGCUCAGCACCGUGGAGGUCUACAAUCCAGAGACGGAUUCCUGGUCCAAAGUGGAAAGUAUGAACAGCAAGAGGAGCGCCAUGGGAACGGUGGUGCUGGAUGGGCAGAUCUACGUGUGCGGUGGAUACGAUGGGAACUCAUCCCUCAACUCCGUGGAGUCCUACUCUCCAGAGACAAACAAGUGGACAGCAGUGACCCCCAUGAGCUCCAACCGCAGCGCCGCCGGAGUCACCGUCUUCGAGGGCCGGAUCUACGUGUCGGGAGGGCACGACGGGCUGCAGAUCUUCAACAGUGUGGAGUACUACAACCCGCACACCUCGUCCUGGCACGCCGUGUCCAACAUGCUCAACAAGCGGUGCCGCCACGGCGCGGCCGCGCUCGGCAGCCGCAUGUUCGUGUGCGGCGGCUACGACGGCUCGGCCUUCCUGAGCGCGGCCGAGGUGUACAACUCCGGGGCCGACCAGUGGUACCUGCUGGUGCCCAUGAACAGCCGGCGCAGCCGCGUGUCCCUCGUGCCCAACUGCGGCCGCCUCUACGCCGUGGGCGGCUACGACGGACAGUCCAACCUCAGCUCCGUGGAGAUGUACGACCCCGAGAGCAACCGCUGGACGUUCAUGGCGCCCAUGGUGUGCCACGAGGGCGGGGUGGGCGUGGGCUGCGUCCCCCUCCUCACCAUCUGAGCUCCGGAAGGUUCCGGGGGGACUUUGGGAGGGGAGGGGGGGGGUGUUGGUCUUCAGCGAGAGGUUCGGAGCGUGCCGGGAUUUCCAGGCGCUCGGUGCGAGCGCAGAAAGACUCGAUGGAACGAUGCCCACGGGGAGGUUUUUGGGGUGAAGGUCCAGGAAGAUCAGAUGUGGUGAGUUGACGUGUGGUGAAGGACCCCUCAGCCCCUCCCGGAGCAGUGGCCAAGCGGAUCCGUCUCUCGCUGUCCAUUUCCCUUUGGGAAGCACUGCCAUGGGCUGGGGGAGAGGGAGACAGGCUUAAUUCUGACGUAAAAACAGCCACUUUAAUGACUUUGGAAAAUCCAUCUGCACCUUCUGGGAGCACCAAACCCACCUGAACCCCCCGAGGGGCGUCGUGGUCACACGGGGGGGAUCUCAGAACAGAACAAACCCAGCGCUGUCGGUUCCAGGUGCCUCUUACACAAGACCCUCCCAGCUCCUCGUGCUUUCCUCAGCUCGAUGUGGAAAACUUCUCCACAGGAGCCACAGGAUGGGGAAACCAGGAAGAGGAACAGGUCGGUUAAACCAGCGGAUCGUUUUGGAGAGGGAUGGAUGUGAACGACUCCAACAGCCUGAGGGUUUCAAAAUGGGAAAUACGUGAUCAAGAUGUCCUUUAAAUUGAAUAUUGAGAUGUUUUCCAAGACCAAGAGGCAGCUGGAGAGGAACAGCCAGGAUUUUUUUUUAGGAGAGACAAGAAAGAAACGUCACGAAUUUGUCAUGCUCCGCUGGGAAAGGUCUUUUCUGCGGUGGGUUUUGUGCCAGGAAACUUUGGAAUGCUGGCAGAGCCAAAGAGCUGCCCGUCAGCAGCUUCCCUGCAUCAGCCCUUCUCCUGCAUGACCGUGAUCCGCCGUCCCUCCGGAGCGCUCCGUGCCCGGCUCUUCCCGUGCCAGCCCUCGGCACAGCCAUACCUCCUCCGGGCAGGAAUGUGACACUAAUCCCAGCAGCCAAGGGAUGGGGCUCUCCCCCCUUGUCCUGCCCCAUCCCAGCGUUCCGGGGGGGCUCGGAGCGGGAUGUCCACCCCAACCCCCUGCCCCUGCUCAUUCCUGACUCCCAGCGUCCCUCGGGAUCGCUCUGGGUGUACAUGUCAUGUCUAUAUUGGGGUACUGUGUAUAUUUUGGGGUCUAUAAUGAGCAUAUCUGGCUAUAAAUGUGAUCUAUCAGUACA